CAUACCUAACAAUAUUCUACAAAUACAAAUUUUCUUGGCUGAAGACGUCAGGUCUUGAAACUCGAUGGGGAAAAUAUUAACAUCACUGUAAAGAACGAGUCUUCCAAAGUCAUUUUCUUCCUCCAUCCAAAAAUAAUGGAAAGCAACCAAUCCGCGAGAGAGAAAGAGAGCAUGGUGGAAGAAGUGUUCGAGGACAUGUUGCCAGUGAUGGCAGAGAAGCUGGGUGUGGAGACCUUUGUGUCUGAGUUGUGUGGAGGUUUCAAGCUUCUUGCCGACCCGGAAACGAGUUUGAUCAGUGGUGAGAGUCUGAUGAGGAAUUCGGCUCUAUUGGGUAUGAAUGGGAUGAGCAAAGAGGAAGCAGAGGCCAUGGUCGGACAGGGCGAUCUUGAUGGGGAUGGGAAGCUCAAUGAGACUGAGUUUUGCAUCCUUAUGCUCAGGCUUAGCCCUGGGAUCAUGGAAGAAGCCGAAGCUUGGCUUCACAAGGCACUUCAACAACAUCUCACCAAAUCAUCAACUUAAACUCCAUCCUUCUGCAAUCAAUUGUAAGUUAUUUUUGUCUGAUGGCUGUAUCAUGCAAGUUAAAUAAACUCAUUUAACACUCAGAUAUUCUGUAAUAUUUUAACAAAAUCUACUUGUCAUUGACUUGUUUAUAUUCGUAU